AUGAGGGCUCCUGGCCAUGCUAACAAGGUGAAAAAGGUGACGAACCAUGUGAUUGACGGCAAGCGGGGCAUGAUCUACAUUCCAGACCAGAAGAUUUCAAAAUUGACCUUGACAAGCGACAUAAAGGGUCUGAAGCGGGUGCGCCGUGACGCCAGGAAAAACAAGGGGCGUUCGAAGAAGCAAAAGCUGAGGAAGAAGAAGAAGAAGAAGAAGCUUGCUCACAAGAAUGCAAAAUGAAGGCAGAGUGAUAGCAAUGAAGCCGCUAACAUUAACUCUGUUUCUGUUGAUCAACGCAGCAGCUAAAUUUUGGCAGAUGUUGCUU